CCGACGGUAUGGGAAGCUGAUGGAUGGUGCGAUGGGGUAGGAACAAGAACCUGUAUCUGGUGCAGGCGGAGGAUGAUAUCCGGAUGUUGGAAGUAGGUGCCUCUGUCACCUAGCCUCAGCGCUGCAGACGAAUGGGGUCAGGGAUUAAGCUUCGCGCACCUCGCAAUGAACGACUGUAGGCGAAAGUCCAGGAGAGAGACGACGAGAUGGCCGGCCUGAUCGCUGGUGGAGAUGCCCCGUACGUGACAGAACUCCGAACCCUCCGCGACGAAGUCGAAGAUCUCGAAAAGCGCAACGACACCCUGACGCGCAGUCUCGCCGAAACCGAGGAAGCGCUGGAUAAAGAGCGGAAUGCGUUGCGGGAGACUAAUGCCCAACUCACGACCGAAAAAUCGCGCGCGGCGGGGCACGACGAGGUAGUAUCGCGCAUGCGGGCCGAGAUCAAAGACUACCAGGCCCAACUGCAGAACCGCAAGGACCGGAUCCAGUUGAUGAAUGUGGACGAUGAUCAGAUUCGGAAACAGCUGAGGGAGAAGAAUGGGGAGAUUAGCAAGUACCUCACGGAGAUUGAGGAGCUCAGCCGGGAGAAUGCACAGAUGAGCAAGGAUGUGGAGAUACUGAAUAGGGAGCUGGAGGUGGCCAUCAACGAACUCGAGAAAAAAGAGCGCGAAGAACGCGAAGCCCAACACCACCUCGCCAACAACGAACUCCUCAUAGAUCAGAUGACGGCUGAAAAGCACGCCCUCCGCACAAAACUCGAAGACCUCACCACCCAACUCGAGUCCACAGGCCUGCAAGACGCCCGGUUCCUCGACGAACUCCAAUCCGAGGUCCAGAAUUACCAGCACGCCGUCCGCGAACACGAACACGUCUCCCUCGAACAGGCCACGGAGAUCGACCGCCUUCGGUCCCAAGUCGCAGGUUUGGCCGAGGAGCUAAGCUUGUACAACAUCGACUCGCUGAACAGGCAGAUGAGCGAGAAGGAUCGGGUAAUUGAGCAGUUGACCCAGCAGGUGCAGGAAGCCGCAAGGGAUUUCGAGCUGCUCAGCGUGGACUGGGACCAGGUCGACCAAGCUUUACGUAGUCGUGGGGGCGGGAAACAGUCGAAACGGGAUAUGGACGCAAUCCAGAUACAGCUGGAGACGGUAGCAAGGAUGAAGGAACGGGUGCAAGCGUACCGACAGCGGCACCGGAAACUGGCCAGCCAAGUACGGAACGCCGACACCCAGCUCGAACGCCGUGAGCGCGAGGUGGUUGAACUCCGACAACGGAUGGAGGAAUACGAAAGCGGUGUUUACGGCCUCCCUGAAGCCGUGCGCGAAAUCAACCAACUCAAACUCCACCUUCGCGUCCGCAAAAAAGAGGUGCUGAGCCGCACGAAACAAAUCAACGAGAUGGACAAACAGCUCUCCAUCCUCGCCGACGAGAACGCCGAGUAUCGCAAGAAACUCGGGCUCAAACGAUCCAGCAUAGAUCUGUCCAAAAUCCGCGGCGCGCUCUCAGUCGAACUGGAACAGAGCCGCGCGCUCAAUGCCCAACUGCAGGGUGAGAUCGACGCGUUGGAGGACGAGCGGUUGCGGUUGAAAGCUGCGAUGCGAUUACGGGCGUUAGAGCGCGGGGAGAAGGGGGCGAGAAUGGGGUUGACCGCGGAGGAGAUGGUGGAUUUGGAGGCAUAUGUUGAUAAAAUGCGGGCGAGGCACCAUUCUGAGAAGGGCGGACGAAGACGACCGUUGUCGAUGCCGGCGCAACAUCACACUCGGCAGGCGGUGGUUGGGGAUGAGUUGUUGGAGAAGUUGUCGGUGGAGUUGGAACGCGCGCAGAUCGAUGCGGGGGAGGCAAGGGAGGAAGUGAAGAGGCUCCAGGCAGAUUUCAUGCGUGUGAAAGACGACAACCGGUGCUUCGAGGCGGCGAUCAAGGAGAUGUCGCUGGCGAUGAUCAAGCUGCAAGCUGCGUCUCGCACAACUGAUGGAAAGGCGGAUGGAGCCGCGAAGAAACCGAACAUGAAUGUUGUGCAGAAGCUGUGCGAUAUACUCGAACGCAAGACGAAGUUGUCGUCGGCGCAGGCGUUUGGUGGAAGCCAGGCUGGAGAUCAUAUCCUUGAAGUUAACAAAUCCCUCUGCGAAACCCUCACCACCGAACGCGCCCACUCCGCCUCUCUCCAAUCCCAACUCACCUCGCUGCAAUCCCAGCUCUCCAGCCUCACAGAAGACCGCAACCACUGGCGGGAGGCCGCCGAGCAGCCGCUCAAGAACCUCGUCGUCGAACUGCCGCCCGAUUUGCAGAUGGGCAGCCAGGACGAUUAUGUGGCGCUGGUAGGGAAAUUGGCGGGGUGUAUGGAGGCGCUGAGGAGGAAGGAUAGGGCGUUGGAGGAGAGUGAGGCUGCUCUUGAGCGGUAUAAGAGCUCAUAUACGACGCUAGCCACCCGCCAAAGACACCUCUCCCGCGCCUUCCAGCUCUCCCGCGACGAACACGAGAAAGACCUCGCAUCCACCCAACGCCGAUUACGGGACACCGAAGCUCGUCAGCAGCGCGCGGAAGCCGCAGUCCGGGACGUCCAAGAGGCACUGACGAGGUUUGCGGCAGCAGGGGGAAGCGAGGAAGCGCUGCGGUCGGAGUUGGCUGAGACGGAGCGGAAGUACUUCCAGUUGAGGCUGGAGCACGGGGAUCUGGUGACGGAUGUUGAGCGGGUGAGGGAGAGCGAGGCGGAGGUGACGAGGCAGAAGACGAAGUUGGAGACCCAAAUACAAGACCUAAGCACCAAAGCCGGCUCCCGAAUCCUCCACCUCGAAUCCAUCACCCGCGGCCACGCAUCCCACAUCACCCGCCUACUCGAUCAGCUCACCGACUCGGUUUCCCAAAGCGAGCACACCCAGCUCACGUCACAUCUGGAAGUCCAGACAGCCCGCACGCGCGAUCUCCUCGAGCGGCAACAGGACUGGUUGACGGAGCGGGACCGGCUCAUGCAGCAGGUGCGCACGUUGCAGCUGGCGGUGGACGAUGCUGCUAGAACGCAGGUGCAGCUGGUCGCGGCGGAAGCGAAGGCUGCGGAGAUGGAAGCUGCUUUACUGAGUCUCAAGACCGACGGCGGUUCUCAGUCUCAGCUAGCCGACCUCCGCCACCAACUAGCAACCCAGGCAACACAGCUGACGGUUGCACACACCCGGAGCGAAUUGGCGGAAACGCAAGCCGGGCUCGCUCGACAGGCUGAAGCCGAAAUCUCGCGGCGGUUGGAAGAAAUGACGAGGCUGUACACGGAGGCGCGGGCAGAGACGGCACAGGUUCGGGAAGCCGAGGCGGAGUUACGUGGGGCGUAUGCUGGCGGUGCGACGAGGGAAGUGCAUGAGCUGGUCGUAGCGCGGGUGGUGGAAUUGGAGGCUACGGUGGAGACGUUGAAGCGAGAGAACGAGGAGUUAAAGAGCGGGAUGAACACUGCGGCGGGGUUGGCGGAGGAUUUGGGGCGGUUGAGGGAGAUCGAUCAGAGGGAAUUGGUGGGGUUGCGGAAGGAGGCUAGGAAGACGAUUGGGGAUCACGCGGGGAGUUCAGCUGUUGCUAUGAGUGAGACGAUUCAGAAAUUGCAGAUGGAAGUCGCGGAACUGCAACGGGGUGAGGCGGGGAGUGUUAGGGAGAUCGCGGAGCUGAAGGAACAGAAUCGGAGGGAUCAGGAGAAGAUCUUGGAGACAGAGCAAGAUCUACACCACCAAAGAACCCUCGUAUCCACACUCCGUCAAACACACAUCCACCGCAUACGGUCCCUCCAACACACCAUCAGUGACAUUCGGCUGCGUCUCGCAGGGAGUGUCGCGCUGGACCGCUUCGAGCGCACCGCCUCACGCGUAACGGAGCUCAUAUCACAGCUCGAUGAACUCCACACCCAGCUGCAAACAGCGCGCGAGGCUCAGACCGCCGCCGAAGACGCCGCGGCCGAAGCGUCGCUCCUCACCACCUCCCAACAAUCCCUCAUCGAAGCGUUGCAGGCCGAAGCCGCCGCCGCAGCUGGCAGUCCCAACUCCACGACCACCACAACCGCACGCCUCGCAUCCUGGCACGCCAAGCUCACAUCCUCCCAACUCACCACUCUCCGCCUCCAACGGCAGCUAGACGCCGCCCAAUCAACCAACUCAGCCCAAUCGCAAGACAUAUCACGCCUCAGCGCCCGAUUGCAGGGUCUGGAAACCGCGCAUGUAGCAUUGCAGGCGACGCUGGACGCGCGGCAGCUGCAGUGGGAGGCCAACGAGACGCAGCUUGAAAUGCAUGUUCGGGCGCUUGAGGAUGAGCGGGACCGGAUCAUUGCGGGGGUGGGGCAGGCUGCGAUGGAUGAGGCUGUGGCAUUGUUGGGGGCGUCGGAAUCUUCUGGUGAUGACGAGGGUAGUGGGGACCAACGUAAGCCAAUGCCGGUUGGAGAGAGACUUGAAGCGGCGUUGCGGUUGUUGGUCGACCGCGGGAGGGCAGUGACGGUACAGGAGAUCAAGAUCGCGGCGCUGCAAGGCCGGCUGGACGAUGUGCAGCGGCGGUUGGAUGACGCAAACGGUGAGCUCAGCGCUAGCCGGACCGAGGUUGCGACAUUGAAGUUGCAGCUCUCACAAGCAGAGCUGCAUCAAACCCCCGCCACCGUCCAUGCCGCACGACCUGAUCCGGAUGCAGCCGGCGCCGGCGGCGACGCCCCCACGGCCCCUGUAAGCCAUGGUUACGACUCGACAACAAUCCACAUCGCACAGGACACCAUCUCAUCGCUGCAGCGGCAAAUGGCCGCCAAAGACACAUUGAUCGAGAAGUAUCGCGCGAUGCUGCGUGACGCGCAGGUGGAGAUGGAUCGACAGAAAGAGGAGUGGAGGGUUGUCGUGCGCGAGAGGAAUGAAGUUAUUGCUAUGUUGAAGGAUAAGGAGGUUGAGCGGUUGUUGGAGAAGGAUGGGGGCGGUGUGGAAGGCGCUGCUCUGGAAGGGAGCGUCAUGGCGCCUGCAGGGGCACUUGGGGUCCAAGGGCUGCAGGAGGGCGUAUGAGGAUGAUCUGUCGUCGAAGUGGAGGGGAUUCCCAGUUUUGAUCCGGGCUAUGAGAGAUGUGCAGAACUCGGGAAACAUUAUCAGAAAAGAAAGCUCUUAGAGAUGUACAAAUGCACUCGUGGAAGGCUGUUAUACAUCAAUGUAUUCGAAAAGACUAUGUAAUCAAUUGUAUGUAACACGCAUUUCCCAACCGAGUUUACAAAUG